AUGUCAUCGCAGCCGGCCCGACCGCCGCAGCUGCCGCCUGGCUGGACUCUUCAAUGGGAUGCCGCUGCCGGCAGAAAUGUGUUCGUGGAAACGGCGACAGGCCGUAAAAGCUGGAAUCCGCCCAUGGGAACGACACCCCAGCGCCAGCAGGGACCGCGUGCACACCCUUCCGCCAUGAAGCGCAUGUCGAUGCCCGUGAUGCCCGUGUCUCGUCCCGUGCCCGGACCAGGCGGUGCCAGUGCGCCCCAGGGCCGUCCCGUGCGCCCAGGUUUGGGCCAUGGCCGCAUGCCGAGCAUGCAGGCUCCUGGGGCGCCCCGCGUACUCUCCGGCCCAGCACGUCCCCCCUUCCGGACCCUUAGCGGUGCACAGCAUGCUCGGAGUCCUACGAUGGUGCGCUCCCCUGUGAUGCCAAGCUCCCCUACAGGCGCCAUGCGCGGCGCCGCGCCGAGUGCACGACCUAUGCCUGGCACGCAUGUCGCUCGGCCCCAAGCCAUGCGCUCGAUCAGCCAUGGCCCCCGGCCACCCCCGAAAAAUCCCAUGGUGGAAGCGACCGCGGGCACCACGGCGCCAGCGCAGGCCCCUGCGUCGACGACGGCGUCGGCGCCUGCUGCGCCCACACCCCAAUCGCCACCCAUGCCCGGUCCUCGGGCCCACCCUGCCUCGCGACGCCGCGCGUACCCUACAGCUCAUAUCGCCGCGCACAGCAUCAGCUACUCUGGCAACGAGGUCCCGGCCGCGACGCCCGCGGAUCAAGCGAAUAGCGUGUUCACGCCUGCUGCCAUGGGCCACACGCCGACUCGCAGUGUAUCCACGACCAUGCAUGCUCCUGCUGCGAAUGCGACGCCCGUAAGCCCGAUGAAUCAGCCCAUGAUGGGACUGCCGGCGCAAGUCCCGAAUCCCCUGGCCGAUGCCACCUCGUCGUUGAUCACGCCUGGCCUUCAAGGUGCCGCGCCGCCCGUGCCUGGUGUCUCUGACGUCACACAGCAAAUGCAACAAAUGGGUAUGCAGCCGAUGGGUGCGGCGCGUGUGGGAAAUCAGCUCUUGAACGCCGUGGUGGGUGCGCAGCCGCCGAUCAUGUCGGACUUGGACGCCCCCCCACCUCCCAUUGUGCUUCCACCGAAUGCGACUGUCACACCAUCUUCUCGCGCUAAUGUGGACCCAUCGUACCAGCGAUGCACUCUGAAAGCCAUCCCCACCACCAACUCCCUCCUGACGAAAUCCAAGCUGCCUUUUGGUGUCGUGCUGUCGCCCAUGCGCUCUGUGCGCCCGGAAGAUGGCGACGAGCCUGUGCCUGUCGUCUCCGACUCGGUGAUUGCACGCUGUCGUCGCUGCCGUACGUACAUCAAUCCAUUUGUCACGUUUGUCGACAAUGGCCAACGCUGGAAGUGCUGCAUGUGCUACAUCACCAACGAAGUACCACAGCUCUUUGACUGGAACCAGGAAACGAAUCAGCCAGCUGAUCGAUGGCAGCGACCUGAGCUCAACUCGGGUAUCGUGGAAUUCGUCGCGCCGCGCGAGUACAUGGUUCGCCCACCACAGCCACCAGUAUACGUGUUCCUCAUGGACCUAACGUAUGCGUCUGUGUCGAGCGGCAUGCUCACAACGAUGGCAACCACCCUCCUCAAUACGCUGGAUACCAUGCCGAACAAAGACAAUCGUGCCAAGGUGGCCUUCAUCGGGUUCGACUCGCAACUGCACUUUUUCCGUAUGCUGCCGGGCGGCACGGACGUGUCUAUGUUUGUGGUGAGCGAACUGGACGAUGUGUUCCUACCGCAGCCCAACGAUUUGCUCGUCAACCUCACCGAAUGCCGUGCAUGCGUUGAAUCCAUGCUGCGGAGCAUGGGCGACUUGUUUGCCAAUGCUGCCGUAACGCCAUCGGCGCUGGGCGCUGCAUUACGCGCGGCUCACAAACUCACGUCUGCCACGGGUGGCAAGAUUGAGGUGUUCUCGUCGUCCCUCAGCAACCUGGGCCCCGGUGCUCUCAAGAUGCGUGACGACAAGAAGCUGUACGGCGGUCCCCGCGAGAGCUCUCUGCUCAGCCCACAGUCCUCGUUCUACAAGAGCUUUGCCAUUGACUGCUCGCGCAGCCAGGUAUCGGUCGACAUGUGGCUAUUUGGCCCCUCGUAUGUGGAUGUCGCCACACUCUCCUGUCUGCCUCGCUACACGGGCGGUCAAACGUUCUACUACCCGAUCUUCGACCCUCAGCACCCAGAAGUGGUCUCCAAGUUCUCACACGAGCUCCGCUCGGUGCUGUCUAGCCCCAUCAGCUUCGAGGCGGUGCUGCGAAUGCGUGCCACCCGUGGUAUCCGUCCCAUCUCAUUCCAUGGCAACUUUUUCGUGCGCUCCUCCGAUCUAUUGGCUCUACCAAGCGUGCCAAGUGACCAGAGCUACAUGAUCGAAUGCGAAAUCGACGAGCCACUACACACGCACGUGGCCGUGCUUCAGAGCGUCGUGCUACACAGCACAGCCGACGGUGAACGUCGCAUUCGUGUCAUGACCACAGCCGUGCCUACGACAACGAGUCUCUCGGAAGUGUAUGCUAGUGCUGAUCAGGUGGCUAUCGCAUCGUUCCUGGCCAACAAGGCUGUAGAAAAGAGUCUGCACUCGCGCUUGGAAGAUGCACGCAGCUUGAUCAGGUCGCGCUUGAUUGAAAUCUUCACGGCGUAUCGCAAUACCAUGACCAACACACGCGGCGGUAAUGCGGCUCACUUGACCAUCGCGAGCAAUCUUUCGCUGCUCCCUCUCUUGUCACUCGGCCUGCUCAGGAACCGAAGUCUGCGUAUUAGCACACAGAUCCCCAGUGAUGUGCGGGCGUACAAUCAAACACUUCUCACGACGCUCCCUGCGCAACGCCUCAUUCCCUUCCUACUGCCUGUGCUGUACUCAUUGCACAAUAUGCCGGCUGAUGCAGGUACCGUUGAUCCUACGUCCCAAAUGCUCAUUAUGCCACCUCGACUAAAUCUCUCUAGCGAACGCUUCGAAAGACACGGUCUGUACCUGAUCGAAGACGGCAUGAGCAUCUUCUUGUGGCUGGGCCGCGCUGCCGUGCCAGCUCUAACCAUGGAUGUCUUUGGGGCUCCAGACUAUGCGUCACUCGCAUCAGGUCCUAUCACUCUUCCUGUCCUGGAUAACAGCAUGUCGCAGCGGCUGCGCGCUAUUGUGGAUCGCAUUGUCGUGCAGCGUCGCGGUCCCUACCUGCCACUGCUGUAUUUGGUCAAGGAGGACGGCGAGCCAGGCAUGCGUCAAUUGGCGCUGAGUCGCAUGAUCGAAGAUCGUUAUGAACAAACUAGUGGCUACUUACAAUUUCUUGGCCAGAUCCGCGAUAAGGUCAACGGUGCAUAA